GCGGGCGGGCGGUCCCGGCGCUGCUCCCCGCGCCCGCCAUCGCCAUGGCCGAGCCGCAGCUCAGCUUGUGGGCCCGGCUGCUGGACGGGGCGGUGGCGGGGGUGGUCGGCGUCACGUGCGUCUUCCCCCUGGACCUCGCCAAGACCCGGCUGCAGAACCAGCGCGCGGGCCGCGGCGCCUACCGCAGCACGCUGCACUGCCUGGCCACCACGCUGCGCUCCGAGGGCUGCCUCGCCAUGUACAGAGGUGCUGCAGUAAAUCUGACACUAGUAACACCUGAGAAGGCAAUCAAGCUGGCUGCAAAUGAUUAUUUCAGACACCUCUUGGCCAGGGAUGGAAUGGGCCUGACCAUAGCCAGAGAGAUGGUGGCAGGCUGUGGUGCUGGAACGUGCCAGGUCAUUAUUACCACUCCCAUGGAGAUGCUAAAAAUCCAGUUACAGGAUGCGGGGAGAGUAGCAUCGCAGCAGCUUGUGCGUGGAGUCCGCUGUACAGCUCCUGGUUGCAAGCUGGUAGCUGUCAGCCCACCCCUGACCAGAGCAUAUAACAUUGGACCGGCUGCACUUACGAGGAGACCAUCUGCUACCCAGAUAGCAGUUGAGCUUCUGCGUACACAAGGCAUUAAAGGCCUUUACAAAGGUCUCGGCGCCACCUUGCUGAGGGACGUUCCCUUCUCCAUCAUCUACUUCCCAUUGUUCGCACAUCUGAACAGAGUAGGACAAGGUACGCCGGAGGGGAGAGCCCCGUUUCGUCGCUCUUUUCUAGCGGGAUGUGUGGCUGGUUCUGUAGCUGCUGUCUCUGUCAAUCCCUGUGAUGUAAUCAAGACACGCCUGCAGUCACUGAGCAAAGGAACAAAUGAGGAAAGCUACACUGGAAUAGUCGACUGUGCGAGGAGAAUUUGGCUGAAGGAAGGUCCAUCUGCCUUUCUGAAAGGGGCAGGCUGCAGAGCAUUGGUCAUCGCCCCUCUGUUUGGCAUAGCUCAAGUCAUUUACUUCAUUGGAGUUGGGGAGUUUCUGUUGGACCUUUCCCGAUACAGCAGAUUUUCAACCUAGUCUCUUCCCCAUUCUGUGGUCUUGUUGACACUGAUCCUGCAGGAGCCAUCAGCCCAAAAAGGAACCAAGAAACGAACGGCAGCUCAGAUGGAUGCUGUGUCACCUGGAGCGUGGGACUUGCUGGCACGAUGACAAUCAACCAGUGCUAAUGGAAGGCUGAGGCCAUGGUCCCAGCCUCACCAGCACUGCUCCCAACCUUGGUGCUACUGUAUGUCCUCCUCAUACUUCCCAUGAUGCUUUUUUGUACCUUUGCACAGCUGUUGUUGGGACCUCAACAGCCGGUGUAGCACAGCAUCUGUGUUGUCAGCAUUUGAGAAGUGUAAAUCUUUACAUGCGAUAUGAUCACAGCUGCUUUUCUGAGUUUACUUGCUUUUCAGAGCGUGGCGUGACCAAGCGUUAGGGGAAAGUGUUUCUGGUAACGGGAGUAGUGGUGGAGUUGAAUAUGCUGGAAUGGGACAAAAGAAAGACUGUUAUGUGGAAGUUAUGACACAAGCUUGAAGCUGUAACAUGUUUGGGAAUGGCGCACACAAGCUAUUUCCUAGUAGUGGUCCCUAACCCCUACACCUCGGAGUCCAAGCAGCACUCGUGCAGCUUUUAGGGAUUUAGGUCAUUACAUAGGAUCCUAUUCCACUCUGCUGGAAAACUACUACAAUAGAUAUAUUUUUUUUAACACAUCUUCAUUAGUCUGAGAACCAAGGAGGAGAUCUCCAACGCUGCACUCUUGCUCCAUAGCCCAGCAGUUAGGGCGCUUGCUCUGGGACGUGGGGUCUAGCUGCCUCCUUGUUUGAAUCCACAGCUGCUUAUCAGGGAAGUGCCAUGACUACAGUAGCAAUGCAGGGCUAAAGACCACCUUUACCACCUUGCUGAGCCACUGAACAGGUAAAACCUGUGGGCCAGAAGGAUGGCCAGCAGCAGAGAAGCCUGGGGCCGAAGAAGCCUUGAGUUCUGGCUCCUGCUCGCAAAAGAACGUGAAAUGUCCCCCUUCCACAGCAGAACAGCAUCCCAAGAUGCAGUUGUCCAAACAUGCAGUCUUGCAUUCAGACCGCCCCUGUGCCUCUUGUUUCCUGGUGGCUGCCUGAAGGCAGCCCCCUGCAUGCUCUGGAGAUGCACACAGCUCUCCAGCCACAGCCAAGGAGAGCCAUGUGCCUCUGCAGGUGAGAGAGGCUGAACCUCUGGAGAUGCAGUCUGCUGCCUGUUGGGCUACUGGGACCAGUGCACUUCUGUCGGACAAACAGGCUUGCUCCCCAGAAGCAAAGCACAUAAUUGCUGGUCAGCGCCUAGGCAGGCUCAGAUAUCUAAUGGGCAGGAUGGGAUCUGAGCUGCUGUAGUUGGGGCCAAGUCUUUUUGUAUUUGCAGAACUUCGUUGCCAGAGAGCCAGGCCAGAGUGCUUGGUUUCCAUGUUCUCCAGCGGCGGAGGGUAAUGAGGUUGGAAUUAUUCCUCUGGGAGAAGUGAAAGAACCUCCCUCUGCUAUUCUUAUUGGUGGCAACUCUCAAAGUUUCAUAAUUCACUUACCAUGGUUAAUUGGGAACAACAUUAUUUGACCUUUUGUAAGUCAGAGUUUACUCCUCUAAGGGGAAAAUGGUUACUGUGGUGUUGGCUAAAAUUAAGCAAUUUUAGGCAACAGAGGUACAAGAAGCACAGAGGCAUGUGGGGUGCCGUUCACCUGGGGGAACUGGUGAGCCUCGGGACCGUCUGGUCACCAAGAAGAGAGGGAGGGGGUUCAGCUCAUAAGCAGUUCAUCACCCACUUACAUAUUUCAACUCUUAGCGGGGCAGUCCUUCCCUCGGGCAAGCCUGAGGUGCCAACUCGCAUUGAACUCGCUGGGAGUUGCGUCCAUGUUUGAGGGCAGAGUUGGUCCUGGAGGUUUUAACCUUGUCAGAAACGUUCCUUCAGUUCCUUGUCAAGUCACUCUGGGGAUGUGCCCAGGGUUUCCUGCCAUUUGCAGAACGAAUUGGUGUGGCUUCAUCCACGGAUCUAUUGGGUGCAACGUGCAGUUUAACUGCGUCAGCUCUGAAAGCUCGAGUCCCUUUGUAACAUUAAUAGCAGCUUUGUGAAAGCUGUCUUUGCCCUGCACGUGCCACACCAGCAUUACAAUAAAAGCUGUGAUCCUUGUCUA